GCCGAGUCGUUCGCGAACGACCCAUCACAACAACUUUAACUCAAUUGUUCGGGCCGCCCAACAAUAAACAAAUUGCAGGACUGUAUUCAAGCAGUCGAAAUGUUUAUCCGUCUACGUUGUUUAAUUUCAAAUAUUGUUUGAACAAACUGUUCACAUAUUGCUUGUCACCAUGGCACACUCCCUUCCUGACCUCUUGGAUGACCUGGAGCAAGAUCAAAAGAGUUGCAGCAAUGAUCAGGUGCUGGAGCGAGAGAGGGAGAUGAAAAGGAGUGAGUUGGAGGUCAUCCACAAUGCCAGUCCUCAGUGUCCGGAGACCUAAAACACAUCCUUUCUGAAGCGCACUACCACACAAACUUGGAGGACACUUUAUGUGGAUGAUGUGAUACAGAGAGUUAAAGAGGAGCAUAAAGCCAGUCUGAAGGAGAAGUUUCAAUUUGUUUUCGAGGGAAACACCGACUAAGAAACUCCUCUCGAAUGGAUCUACACUAAGCUCUAUAUCACAGGGGGAGAAAGUCAAGGGGUGAAUGAUGAACAUGAAGUGUGGCAGAUUGAGAAAAGAUCCCGGGGGGAAAAAGCAACAGACACUCCAAUCAACUGCAAUGACAUCUUCAAACCCUUACCUGGAAAAGACCGACCCAUCAGGACUGUAAUGACCAAAGGCAUCGCUGGAAUCGGAAAAACGGUCUCGGUGCAUAAGUUCAUCCUAGACUGGGCAGAAGGAAAAGCCAAUCAGGAUGUGGAUUUCGUCUUUGUUCUUCCUUGCCGUGAGCUGAAUUUGAUCAAAGAUGACCAGUGAUGACCAGUACAGUUUUUCUGAACGUCCUGAAUGACUUCCACCAUGAACUUGCAGAGAUAGAAGACACAAAGAAAUUUGCUGUUUGUAAAGUUCUGUUAAUCUGUGAUGGUCUGGAUGAAAGCCAACUUGAAUUUGAUUUUCAUAAAAACAAGAGGUUGACUGACGUUACAAAGACCUCAUCAGUGGAUGUGUUGCUUACAAACAUUAUCAAGGGGAAUCUUCUUCCCAAAGCUCUCCUCUGGAUAACAUCACGACCAGCAGCAGCCAACCCCGUAAGUGCAUCAACCAGGUGACCGAAGUACGGGGUUUCAAUGACCCACAGAAAGAGGAAUAUUUCAGGAAAAUAAUAAGUGAUGAGAACCUUGCCAGCACAAUAAUCUCACAUCUUACAACAUCAAGGAGUUGCUACAUCAUGUGCCACAUACCAGUCUUCUGUUUGUAUUUCUGCCCAAGUCCUUGUACAAAUGAUGAUGACAAAUGAGAUUGGAGAUAUCCCAACAACUCUGACUGAGAUGUACACUCACUUUCUACUCGGUGAAGCUGCAGUGUACUGUGGGUUGUGCACAGAAAUCUUGAAAGAAGAGUCUGUGUUGUACAAAAAGAAGGUCUAUUGCUUUGUGCAUCUGAGUAUCCAGGAGUUCUUUGCUGCUCUGUACGUGUUCUACUGUUGUGUAACAAAGAACGUCAAGGAGCUGGAGCCUUUCCUGAAAAAUGAGCCAAAAUUAUGCCCCUUGGAUGAGCUUUCCUUGCACGGGCUUCUGCAGAUGAUAGUUGUUAAAGCCUUGCAGAGUAAGAAUGGACACCUGGACCUGUUUCUCCGAUUCCUUGUUGGCAUCUCACUGGAUGCUACUCAGAAACUCUUACAAGGCCUCCUGCCACAAAGUGAGAAUGGCUCGGAGUCUGUUGAGAAAAUGAGGAAAUAUUUUAGGGAUCAGGAUGUUUUAUUAGGGGAUUACUCACCUGAAAGAUUCAUCAACCUUCACCAAUGCUUGACUGAGAUGAAAGACAAUUCAGUACAAGAAGACAUUCUAAAGUACCUUAAGUCAGAAAAUCUAUCAGAAACAGAACUGUCGGCUCCUCAUUGCUCAGCACUGGCUUAUAUGCUUCAAAUGUCAGAGGAUGUGCUGGAUGAGUUGGACAUAAAUAAUUACAACACGGGUAUCACAGGUCAUCUGAGGCUGCUUCCAGAUGUGAGAAACCGCAGAAAGGCAAUAUUGUCUGGCAUUGUACUCACAAGUCAGUGCUUUGAAUUGCUGGCCUCCAUUCUCCAGUUUGCAGACUCACCCCUGAGAGACCUGGACCUGAGUAAUAUUGCGUUUCAUGACAAAGAGAUGUUAUUCUUUGCCGGAUUGAAACCUCCACACUGUAAACACUAAGACUCUCAAGCUGUAAAUUCACAGAAACGUCUUGUACGUCUUUGAUUACUGUUCUAAUGCCAGUGAGCUCACCACCUACAGCCGCAAUCUGGGCACAGAAGUUACCGGUUGGGCGUUGUGUUGCUUUCUGCUAGGCUGGAGGAUCCACACUAUAAACUGGAGAAACUGAGGAUGAGUCGGUGUUCUCUGACAGAAACAUGUUGUUACACUUUGGGCUCAGUUCUCGGCUCAAACUCCUCUCCCCUGAGAGAGCUGGACGUAAGUAACAAUGAUCUACAGGAUUCAGAAAUGAAGAUGCUCUCUGCUGGACUGGGAAAUCCACACUGUAAACUGGAGAUACUGAGUCUGUCAUUCUGCAGCUUCACAGAGGAAGGCUGUGCUUCUCUGGCUUCUGCUCUGAGGUCUAACCCUUCCCAUUUGAGAGAGGUGGACCUGAGCUUCAAUCACCUAGGAGACUCAGGAGUGAAGCUGCUCUCUGCUAGACUGGCAGAUCCACACUGUAGACUGGAUAAACUCAAUUUGAACCAAAAUGAAGAGUUGUGGUUUAAACCGGAGCUGCUUAAGAAGUAUGCCACUGAAGUCACUCUGGACCCAAACACAGCAAACAAAUUUUUCGCACUGAUUGAGGAAAACAGAAAGCUAACAUGGGUGGAUGAACAUACAUAUCCUGAUAACCCACAGAGAUUUGAGGAAAUGCCACAGGUGCUGUGUAGAGCGCCUCUGACCAAACGGCAUUACUGGGAGGCAGAUUUGAUUGGGAAUUGUGACAUAGGAGUGGCAUAUAAAUGUAUUGGCAGGUGGGGAAAGGCAACAGAUUGUAAGCUGGGAGCCAAUGACAGGUCUUGGUGUAUGUUCUUCGAAGAAAAGAACCGUUACCUUGCCCGCCACAAUAAUAAAGAGAAUCAUAUUCUUUACCCAACCACCAGACCUGAUCCCCAAAGAGUAGGAGUGUAUCUGGACUGGCCAGAUGGCACUCUGUCCUUCUACAGUGUCUCCUCUGACACCAUGACCCACCUGUACACAUUCCAGGCCACAUUCACUGAGCCCCUCUACCCAGCUUUUGGGGUAAUGGACUCAUCCGUGUCCCUUGCGGUUACCAGUAGUCCAGUGCCAGCUGAAAAUCCUGCAUAAUCUUGGAUAAGGUACAAUUCCUUAUGUUGGAGGGUAUUUUGUUUCACAGCCUUUUCUAUUACAUUUUCAUGACUGAAUUUGAAUGAUGGAAAAGUUGAAUGGGACAUUAUUUUUUCCAUCAUUGACAGUUAGCUUGUAACUUUGGGUUUAAAAUAAAGAACAACUGUUGGUUGUUGCAGUCAUAGAAACGUAAUGAAUGAAAUGGUAAUUUGGUGGUGUAAAGUUCUUUCAUGUGACAGCGACAAGGGUUUUAAUUUGCCUAUGAUUUGGCCAUGUCUGUUUGUAAAUAAAAAUGUGUGUUAUCUCAUAGCAUAUGCACAGUGUAAAGCACUAGCUAACUUUCCUGCAUGUUUGUCAAAAUGCAUAUUAAGAUUUUUUUUUUAUGGAUUAAAAGACACUUGCUUCUA